CUGAUUUUAACUUGGUUAUUCACAUGGCUUACUAAACAUGUGUUUCCGACUUGACCGUCUCCGGAGGAACCGUUGUUCCGCAUGACGUGGAUAUGUCAUCGGGUGUGUUGCGCCUCCCCCCCAAUGAGCUCAAUUGACCAUCCCCGCACGUCGACCAAGCGUUUCCGGUUAUGCAUUUUGCAAAAGCGAUUCGGCCCUUCAGUACCCGUUUGAUUAAAUCACAAAGAAUCCGCGCUAUGCAUAUCCAAUCAAUUCCAAUGUGGACCGGGAAAGGCAAUAACUAUGCCUACCUAGUCACAGAUGAGCCGUCGAAGAAGUCGGUCAUUAUUGAUCCUGCAAAUCCCCCAGAGGUUGCACCGGAGUUGAAGUCACAAAUCAGUGCUGGGAAGAUUGAUUUGACGGCCAUUAUAAAUACGCAUCACCACUGGGACCAUGCUGGAGGCAAUGACGAGAUGCUGGGACAAUUCGGCAAACUCCCCGUCAUUGGAGGAAGCAACUGCCAGUCGGUCACGAAAUCGCCAGCACAUGGCGAGGAAUUCAAGAUUGGUGACCGAAUCACUGUCCGCGCUUUGCACACCCCAUGUCACACGCAAGACAGCAUCUGCUACUUCAUGCAAGAUGGUGACCAGCGCGUCGUUUUCACCGGAGAUACUCUCUUCAUUGGCGGAUGCGGACGAUUCUUCGAGGGUAAUGCCGCGGAGAUGCACAAGGCUUUGAACCAGACACUGGCUGCUUUGCCUGAGGAUACCAAGGUUUACCCUGGCCAUGAGUACACCAAGGCAAAUGUGAAGUUCUGUCUUCAUGUGUCCCAGACCGAGCCCAUCAAGAAGCUUCAGGCAUUUACUGAGGCAAACCAGCAAACGCAGGGCAAGUUUACCAUCGGCGAUGAGAAGCUUCAUAACGUGUUUAUGCGUGUCAACGACCCUGAGAUUCAGAAGGCCACCGGCAAGACCGAUCCAGUGGAUGUCAUGGCUGCCCUGCGAGAGAUGAAGAAUGCCAUGUAGAUGUAGCCGACCCGGCAAGCCGUGAAGUUCCAUAACCCAAUCAUCCAAUGUUUUCUGUGUAGCAUGUAUGUAUCCGAUGGACCGCUAUUCCUGACGACUGGCCACGACAUUAAGUACCAGCCAUGUAGCCGAUACGUGGUCGACCAUGUCAAUGAGACGUCAAAGUUUGAGCUCUGGCUGAGUAUUACAAGGAGCUAGGGAGGAUAAUUUCCAUUCGAAACAUUCCUCAAUCUCGAUGUGUUCAAGCUGGAACUGGCUUCAAUGAAAAAUAUGUCAGGCCUUUCAGUCGGCAACAUCCUUCUUCUUGAGCCAUCCCUAUCAAUCAAUUCUCGCAGGAGUUCGAAUUAAUCUAGCUUCCAUGACAUACAGGUACUCGGCGAGGGUUAUGGAUAAUGUAGCCCAGCCAGCCAAUCAUCUGCGUCUGAUCCAGCCCAGAGACGGAGCGGAGUUUAGUAAACCAAGGAGGUGCACCAAUUGAAAUCGUUGACAAGUCUGGAU